AUGACAACAUCAUCAAAUCCCAACCACCACCACAACAACAACAAUAUAGGAACGAAAAACAAUCGAGUGCUUCCGAGCCUCACCGUUCAAUUAUUCCAACCCGAAGAAUCAUCCUCACAACAAUUACAACCACCGCUUUCAUCCUCACGGAGAGUACCAUCCUCACAGGGUCUUUUUCCUUCCAGUACUUCAUCCUCACAACGAUCUUCUUCAUCUUCUCUUUCUCCAUCUCUCAAUAAUAACAACACCAGCACAACAACAAGCACUACGGUACCAUCGCGAGCCAGAAGAAGCUCCUUCUCUGCACCUAUACCAGCCAAUGGAAUUAUCAACCUCAAUCAACCACCUCCUCCAUUGUUUGUUCCAAUAAGGUCGUCCAUCAAUGCACCUUCUCAUCCUCACUUUUUAAAAACCACUCCUUCCGAUCGAAGUAUUCAUUCAGCAGCUGUACUGAGUAGUUAUCGAGAGGGAGGUGGUGGCGUUGGAGGUGGAACUAAGGAUGUAAUCAAUGAUAAGGAAUCGAUCAGCUCGAGUGAAGAAUCUACCAUGUUGGAAUACGGAGGAUAUAUGAUUUUAAAUUGUUUAUGGAGAAUGUUUUCUUCGAUCAAGUUUUUCCUGAUAUUGCUGCUUUGUGGAAGUGUCGUUAUUAGCGUCUUGGUGUUAUCUGCAGUGUGGUUGGGUUCACUAUUGCCUUCGAUUUAUGGUUUUAGUACAAGUGUCAAAGCUUUGGAAUCUGACAAGCUGGCUUCGUAUAUUCAACAAACAAUAGGAAAUGUUGUGCGGAUAUCUGCUGCUGCAAAAAGUCAAUUGACGGCAACACUCGACUAUUCGAAUAAGACCUGGGUUGAAAAACAAAUGUAUGCAAUUUUCAAAUCAGAAAUGCAAUUUCAGGCUGGUUUAACAACUACGACUUUUAUUGGAGAUGAUAUUGGUACAUGUUAUGGAAUAUUUUCUUGGAAUGGCAUGCCUGCAUUGAUUGAUGCAAAUCUCGUCGAUCAGAAAUUAUAUUAUUGUAAAGACUUUGAGACCCAUGACGAUUAUUGUCAUCGAAAUUCAACACCAGACGCUAUACUUUCGCCGUUUGAUUUGAGCAUCAUUGUUGAAAUUGGAAACAAGUUUGCAGGAAGACCAGCAUUCACACCAUCCUAUACUGACAAAACAUUGCCUCAAUAUGCUUUCUUGAGUCUUAUCAACAGUUGGAAACUUCCUACACCAGUGAAUGGGAAUAAUUUUAAAUAUUACUUUGGAUAUGACCUUUCUGUUGGAUCCAUUUCUAAUUAUUUGAAAAAGUUCUCGGAAUCUGAUGAACUAGGGUCAAGGAGUAUGGUCGUUGAGGCUGACUCCAAUUAUAUUGUUGCGUUUGAUAGGGACGUACCUUUUGUGACAUGGGAUGCCACUGGAAACUCGAAGCGAUUAGACCUUUCCUCACUAGAAGAUCCAGUCAUGACCGGUGUUGUUCAAAACAUUAAGAACAAGUAUCCUGUCUUGAAAGAGAUUCGAUGCAAUCAAAAAGUAUCUUUUUCAGGGUCCAAAGGCAUGUUUAUCAGUAUUCAAAGACUCUGUACGGAUUACAACAUUGACUGGUUUAUUGUAUACGCUGUUCCAAAUUGGAGCUUUAUAUCCUCAGCUGCAAUCGGAGUUUGCUCUGCAAUGGCUGCCUCUAUCAUUAUUGUGAUCAUCAGCACCUCAAUUGGAAUAUUUCUCUCUCACAAAGUUGUUUCACCAUUUUACGAUUUGAUCUAUCUUUUUGACACUGUUUCAGAUAUGGAUCUGGAUAAAAUUGAAAUCAACUUUAGCAGAUUUGCGGAAGUCAGACAUUUGCAACAUACGUUCCUCUUCAUGGUACAUCGAAUGAAGCAGUACAGAUGUUUUAUUCCACCUCACCUCAUUGCUCAAAUUGAAGGAUCAGGUGAGGAGCAAGAGCUUCAACAAAUGGAUUCAGCAACUGAAGGUAGUGUCACAAAAGGUUCUAACACCUCCACAAACAGUAUACAUGAUGUUGUUCCGCAAAAACCUUCAAAGCCAGUCCUCAAUCGAACCAUGACAAUGACUGACAGAAAAAAGAAAUUUUCAUCAACACGUAAUUUAUUUGCUCUACACUUGGAGCACAAGAUGAUCACUAUGGUUUCAAUUUUCAUGGAAGGGCUUAACGAACUUAUUCAAGAAGCACCAGCACGAGAUGUUCUUCAAUUACUUUCUGACGUGUUUGAUCAGCUGAAUGCUAUCAUAAAAACACGAGGUGGUUCUCUCAUUGGAACCGAGAAUGAUGUUAUCAAUUUGGCAUAUAAUGCUGUCACAAACUUACCUCGUCAUGAAAAAGUAGCUGUGUCUACAGCUCAAGUUACGAUCGAAAAGUUGACAAAAUUUAAAGCACUGAAAUGGAAAAAUCUUGAUUGUUGGAGACGAUAUUCACACUUGAUGGAUGCUCUCAAAUUUAGAGUUGCUGUUUGCUCUCAAUUAAGCCAUUGUGGUAAUAUUGGUAAUUCUGAGAUGAAGCACUUUACAAUAAUGAGCAGCUUAAAACACAACAACGAGUUAAUGCUUGAAACUGCAAAGAGAUUGGAUUUAGAAAUUGUAAUGUCAGAGAGAGUGAGCAUUCAGAUCGACCAAUUCAUGAUGCGAUAUGUUGACACUCAAGAAAUGAUUGAUGACUCUGCAUACACAUCUCCACUAUUCAUGGAUGAGCAAACUCAUGCCAGUUCCAAGGUUUCCACCAAAAUUUAUGAACUAGGAGAAAGUACAGCUGUCAAAGAAGACGAGUGGAUGUAUGAACUAGCAGACCAAGAAAAGAAAGGUCGAUGGGCUUUGUACAAUAAGGCCUGUGAUUAUUAUUUUCAAGGAGAGUAUGGAGAAGCAAUUUCUCAUUUUGAAGCCUUUCUUCACAAGCACAGCAGUUCUGGAACCACUGCAGCGGAUAAGCCAGCACAAUAUUUACUCGGUAGAUGUAGAAGUUUAUUGGAUCAGCAUUCUCUUUCUUCUGGUUUGUAA